UCGUACGCUUUCUCCAGAUCAAUAAACACCAUGUGGAGAUCCUUCUUCCUAUCUCUGUACUGUUCCACCAUCCUCCUAAUAAGGUGGAUAGCUUCUAUGGUAGAUCGUCCCGGCAUCAACCCGAACUGGUUGUCUGAAAUAGACACCGUCCUUCGCACUCUCAUUUCUACCACUCUCUCCCAAACUUUCAUGGUAUGACUUAGUAGUUUGAUGCCCUAUAGUUGUUACAUCUCUGGACAUCACCUCUGUUCUUAUACAACGGGACCAUUGUACUCCACCUCCACUCUUCAGGCAUUCUAUUAGUCUCGAAUAUAAGACUAAACAAUUAAGUCAUUCUUGCUCUAGCCACACACCUCCCUUCUUGUGCAAUAGUAUAAAAACAAAAAUCAAAGAUUUUGGUUUGAAUUUCAGGAAAUUUUGUAACUUCUGAAAAUGAGGCCUCAAAUAGUAUUAUUUGGGGACUCCAUUACUGAACAAUCUUUUAGAUUCGGUGGUUGGGGUGCAGCUCUUGCUGAGUCUUAUGUUCGCAAGGCUGAUAUAUUGAAUCGUGGCUACGGUGGAUACAACACCAAAUGGGGAUUGUUCUUGCUCCACCACCUAUUUCCACUGGAUGCUCCAACGCCUCCUGUUGCUGCCACUAUAUUCUUUGGAGCCAAUGAUGCUGCUCUUUUGGGAAGAACCAGUGAAAGGCAACAUGUCCCACUCGAGGAAUAUAAGGAAAACCUAAGAAGAAUUAUACAACAUUUGAAGAAAUGUUCCCCAUCAAUCCUAGUAGUGCUGAUAACUCCACCACCAGUUGAUGAAGCAGGACGGUUUGAACAAGCAAGGUCUAUGUAUGGAGACAAAGCAAUGAAAUUGCCAGAAAGGACAAAUGAAGUGACAGGAGAGUACGCAAAACAGUGCGUUGAAUUGGCAAGGGAGCUAGGCCUCCCUUCCAUCAAUCUAUGGUCUAAAAUGCAGGAAACAGAGGGUUGGCAAAAAAAAUUCCUCAGUGAUGGCUUACAUCUCACAGCAGAAGGCAAUGCCAUUGUUCACCAAGAAGUUGUUAAAGCGUUCAAUGAAGCAGGUUUUUCUGCCCAAAAGAUGCCUUAUGAUGUCCCUCACCAUUCAGAAAUCGACGGACAAAACCCCGAGAAGGCCUUCCAGCUACAAUGCCCUGCUGUAUAACUCUAUAUUGUGUCCUUUAUGUAUCAGUGAGAAACUAGCGUUCAAUAGUUGACAAAAUUAUCAAUUUCUGGGUGUGAUCAGCAAUUUCCAGCAAAAGGAUUUGGCCUUUGCAGGGUAAUGUUUUCAUUAACAGUUCAAAUAUUCUAAAAAUGACAGUUGAAUUCGCAUC